AUGGGGUCGCCGUCGGACGUCCAGCAGAACCAUCCUCCCGCCGAGGCGCAGGCUGGUGAACGGCAGCAUGUCGAUAGCACUAUGGCCAAGAGGAUCGUUCGAAAGAUCGAUCUCAACCUCAUCCCGCUGCUCUUCAUCACGUACAUGCUCAACUUCAUGGACAAGACGAUCCUGUCGAGCGCGGCCGUGUUUGGUCUCAGAGACGACACCAAACUCAAGGGUCAGGACUACAGCUGGGUGUCGAGCAUCUUCUAUUUCGGCUACUUUGCCUGGACGUAUCCCACGUCGAUCCUCAUCGCACGGCUGCCUGUCGCCAAGUACAUGACCGCCAACACCUUCUUCUGGGGCGCCGUCGUCGCGCUCACAGCCGCGUGCACCAACUACGGCGGCCUGCUCACCGUCCGCUUCCUCCUCGGCGCCGCCGAAGCCACAAUCACUCCGGCCUUCAUGUUCCUCACAUCGACGUGGUACACCCGUGACGAGAUCCCCACCCGCACCGGCAUCUGGUUCGCCGGGAACAGCGUCGGCGGCCUCGUGGCCUCCUUUGUCGCUUUCGGCUUCGGCCACGUCUCCGACGACCACAAGGUCGGCCCCUGGCGCUCGAUGUAUAUACUCCUCGGCAUCCUGACCUUCAUCUGGGCUUUCGUGCUCUGGAUCUGGCUGCCCGACACCAUCGCUAAGGCACGCUUCCUCACCACCGACGAGCGCCGGUACGCGGUCGACCGCGUGGUCAUCGCUGGCACCGGCUCGACGGCCAAGACACACUGGAAAUGGGAUCAGGUAAUGGAAUGCUUGAUCGACCCCAAGACCUGGUUCAUAUUUGGUCUCGAGAUCAUCACGCAGAUCCCCAAUGGCGGUACCCAGAACUUUGCCAAUCUCGUCAUCAAGUCGUUCGGCUUCACGAGCCUGCAGUCGACCCUCAUCAAUAUCCCCUACUCGCUGCUCACGGCCGGCGUCAUCGCGGGAACUGGCUGGAUUGCAGGCCGCUACCGCAAGAUGAAUUGUAUUUUGAUCGCCAUCAUCGUGCUUCCGUGCAUCACGGGUUCGGCUAUCAUUUACUCUCGCGAGAGCGUCAGUAGCGGCGUCCAGCUGUUCGGCUACUUCCUCCUCGCGCCCGGGCCUGCCGCGAUGCCGCUAGCCAUGUCUCUCGUUCAAGCCAACUAUCGCGGCGUGACCAAGAAGAUGACAAUGUCUGCGUUGCUGUUUCUGGCUUACUGCGCCGGUAAUAUCGCCGGCCCUCAGUUCUUCAAAGCUUCCGAGGAGCCACACUAUAACACCGCCUUCCGGACCAUCAUGAUCUGCUACGCGCUUGUCGUGUUUCUCGCGCUCGGAUUGAGGUUUUACCUGGAAUGGAUGAAUGCCAAGCGCACCAGGGAGGAGGGAUACGAGGGUAGCGCCGGAGGCGCAGGUGCUGUCGGUGGCGGCAAGGUAAUGCAAGCGGAUGGGAAUGCGGACGAUGUUGCAGAUAUGGUUGAUCAAGUUGAGCUGCGUCCCGAAGACUACGAAGAUGUGACGGACUGGAAAACUGCCGGUUUUAGAUGGGAGCGGAUGCGCUCCGGCGUGGGACUGCACUCGCCCGACUCGGCCGUCGACGAGACGCACUUUGAUGCCUCGCGGGUGGUUGCCGCGGGUCAGAAUAUCUUGGACGGUUCCGGUCACGGUGCGACCGGUGGGCUGAUCAGCUUUGAGAACGAUGUUGACGCUGGCGCCACGAACGACAGUGGCUACUGUGGGAACCCGGCUCAUGAUUCAGGUGCAUCAAUGUCUAAUCUCUCCCGACUUAUCACAUCAACAAAGGCCGGAUGUCGCAAUGGUAGCGAGCUACUUUCCGGUGGUAGAGGUUCUGGGUUCGAGUCCCAGUUCGGUCGACAUAAACUUUUGCCUGUUUUUGAUACUGAUCUGCCACCAGCUUUCUACAACGUGUUUUCGUACCGUUACACCCCUGCUCCUCAACAUCUCCGUUUCAGUGGCGAAUCUGAUGGGUUGUCGGCCAUUGCGUUGGCGUUGGUCGGACGACAAUCUGUUACAAUGAAAGUACAAGAGGAAGGUUAUCAGACAGAAAUAUAA